GAUAUCUGAGUUCUUACGGUAAUGGUGCUGAUGAGGAAUGAGUAAUACUAUGUGAUGCUGUUACUGCCAUUUCAUCAGCGGAUUUUCACAAACAUCUUUAAACAUGAAAUUGCUAUGAAAUUAAACCAUCGACAAGUUGUGAGGACGGCCGUUAUCCAAUUCUACAUCAAACUCGCCAUCACAGGAACAGUUCCCUGUGUAGAAUAAAAUAAUACAAAAGGAUACUAGGACAAGGCCUAUUUUCGUAUCACUGCUUGGGGUAAAACAGUGUUUGACUAGGCCUCCUGAGAUCACUGUUUCAGAGAGCAUCUUCGAUAUACGAGAUUUCUCAAGAACAUGGGAUUUGCUAUUUCCAGCCGUUGAUUGCUCAUCUAACAAGAUUCUAUGAGAGAUGGAAGCGAUAUGGCUGUACCAGUUUCGACUCAUCGUCAUUGGGGACUCGACAGUAGGAAAGUCGUGCCUGAUCCGGCGAUUCACAGAGGGACGCUUUGCGCAUGUGUCCGACCCCACAGUCGGUGUAGACUUCUUCUCACGCCUAGUGGAGAUAGAACCAGGCAAACGCAUUAAACUUCAAAUCUGGGACACAGCCGGACAAGAGCGAUUCAGGUCUAUUACCAGGGCUUAUUACCGUAACUCUGUUGGGGGGCUGCUGCUGUUCGACAUCACCAACCGUCGCUCCUUCCAGAAUGUGCAUGAGUGGCUGGAGGAGGCCCGGAGUCACGUCCAGCCUCACAGCAUCGUCUUUCUGUUGGUGGGUCACAAGUGCGACCUGGAGCCCCAGAGGCAGGUGAGCCAGCAAGAGGCGGAGAAGCUGGCAGGUACCUAUGGUAUGCGCUACGUGGAGACAUCGGCUCGCGACGCCAUCAACGUGGAAAAGGCCUUCACUGAGCUAACGCGGGACAUCUUUGAGCUCGUGAAGAGCGGUGACAUCAACAUCCAGGAGGGUUGGGAGGGGGUGAAGAGUGGCUUGGUGCCCAACGUGGUGCACUCCUCAGAAGAGGUUACCAAGAGCGGCCGGCGGUGCCUCUGCUGAUUAGCCUAUCUGUGUAGUUGGCUUCACUCAACCCAGCCCAUGCAGUCCUGUUACAUUAUGUCCCACUAGCUCGCAAUCUUGUCACAUAUAUAUAUCUCACUCACUCCCAUUCUGACUACUGGAAGGCCAUUCCCACUCUAGUCUACCACUAAAUAAAACAUGAAUACAGCUACUUUCCAUAGUAACCUUCCUGGCGUCUGUCUUACCUGUUACAGGCACUUGAAAGACAAGAAAUGGCCUGUUUUAUGAUUUCAUUGUCCUCCCUGUAUUUAUGCUUCAUCUUGUGCCCCACAGAAGGAACGCACUUCAAACUUUACAUGUCUGUUCUGGAGUCUGGGGAACUCACACAACUAUCGGGGGGGGGGGUGUUCAAUACAGGGGGAAACACCAAAUCUAUCACAGCUUAUUCCACCUUGGCUAUGGAAAGAACCAGAAAGCGUGUGUUGUAUUACUGGCUGUGUUCAAUGACUCCUGCUUUUGGUGCGAGACUGAUGACACCCCCAGUCACAUGAACAACCAAGAACACAAUAGUGUAUUGCCAUCAUCCUUUUCAUCACAGAUGGAACCAAAGCUUGCGUGGACUGAAUCAGUUCUAUAUGAGUAUCAACGGGGAAUUUACACAGUUGAGUGUUGGGUAGGCUGCACUGUGCGAUGCCUAACAUCAAUGUUUUUCAUUUGCCGUUUUCUUCAUCGUUGCUCAUAUUAAAUGCACAGUUGGGGACACAAGGUACUGCAUAACAUAUCACCUUUUUUGACCACCCUGGCCAUCCACCAUAAUCGUUAGAGAAUGCGUCCCGUGAGGAAGACGUUUUAUAUACUCCAGUGGCUUUAACAGUAAGCUCACCCCUUAAACAUUGACAUCUACACAACGAUAGCGCCUCCUGAUGUGGUGAACACCAAGCUUUAAAUGGGGUCAGCUGUUCUAGAGUAGUUAUUUUCUUCCGUUUAUUUAAUACCUGCAUACUGUAGGGUCAUAUGCUUGUAGUUUUAACAUGAUCCUAAGCAACAUUCCACACGUCUCCAAUAUUUCUUCCCAGACUAUUGGACUCAGCCACGUGCUUUAUCUAACCGUUAUAUCUCCCAAUCACAACCUUUAGUACCUCUAAAAUGUAUUUUCUCUCAAUGCCAGUUUCCACCCUCCCCAUUGAACUUUUUGGGUUAGCUAUGAUCCCAUUUGCUGCCAGGCCCAUGUCCAUAUACAACGUUAAUCCCAAGCAGACCAUAUCUGAGAGCAAUUUAAAGAGCCUCCUAGGUUCAAAGUAUCUAUGCAGCAGGAAACUAACCAUUUGCUCGAAAGGAAAGCUACAACAUGUAUUAAUCGACCUGAAUUUUACUCUCCUUCGGGGUUGUUCAACACUGCACGUGUAUAGUUGCAUUUUAUCCAUUUGUAAAUAGCCAGGGUGUUCUGGAUGAAUUAAUUUCCAGAACAUGAAAUGUCAUAAUGGUGUGAUAGAAAUGGGAAAUUCCAUGACUUUCAAUAUUUGUAGGAGAUACAGUGCAUUCGGAAAGUAUUCAUACCCCUUGACUUUUUCCACAUUUUGUUACGUUUCAGCUCAUACCCAAGAAGAAUCAAGGCUGUAAUCGCUGCCAACGGUUC